AUGGAGAGCAGGCCCGUUCUGCUGGUGCUGUUCGUGAUCAGGCUCAUCUGGGCCACCUCAUUUGACCUUGACUAUGGUGGGGUUCCCCUCUGGAUCAACCGCUUUCUGGGGGAGCCCAGCGUGCUGAGCCUGAGGGGCCGGGGAGACAGCAGCUGGUACCGGGCCGUGAACAGCGAGAGCUGCCCGCUGGAGUGCGACUGCCCCAUCCAGUGGCCCUCCGCCCUGUACUGCGAUCAGCGGGGGCUGAGGAUCCUGCCCGUCGGCCUGCCCCCCAGGACCCAGUACCUCUUCCUGCAGGGGAACAGCAUGUCAGGCCUCCCGGCCAACGCCUUCACCAACACCACCCGCCUGCGCUGGCUCUUCCUUGACCGCAACCAGCUUCUCAGCGGCCAGGUGCCAGCCAUGGUAUGGUCAAACCUGUCCCACCUGGAGAACCUUUUCAUGAACUACAACAACCUGACAGAGGUGCCGUCCGGACUGCCCAGCGGGCUCAAGCAGCUUCGGCUGGCCUACAACCAGAUCGGCAAGAUCGCCCCAGGGUCCUUCAAGAACCUUCAGAACCUCACCAUUCUGCUCCUCCAGGGGAACAGGCUCAAAACCAUCGGAAGGGCUGAUUUCACAGGGCUGCACUCCAUCAACCUGCUGGACCUCAGUCACAACCGCCUGGAUUUGUUCCCGAGUCAUCUCCCCCCGUCCGUCCAGCAGCUCUACCUCUCCAACAACUCCCUCAUAGGGCUGUUCGAGGACAGUCUGCAGGGCUUCCAUAGCCUGGGCCACCUGAGGCUCAGCCACAACCAGCUCCGCAGCCCAAACAUGGCCCCCGGUGCCUUCAACGUGUCAACCAUGGUGGAGCUGGACCUCUCCUACAACCAGCUCACCUCCAUCCCUGUCGUUCCCACCACUCUCCUGUAUCUGUAUCUGGAGGCUAAUCAGAUCGAAGAAUUCAACGUGACCAGUCUCUGCAGGACGGUGGGUCCCGUGGACUACUCCAACAUGAGAAUUCUGAGGCUGGACGGGAACAAGCUCGCCUCCCACGAGCUGCCCCCCGACUGGGUGAUGUGCCUGCGGGUGCUCCAUAAUCUCUAUAUCUGACCCAAACAAAUCAAAACCCUGUCUGGCAUCUCUAUAUCAUGCCUGAUGGUAUCAUAAUCUCACCCCACCGCUGUGUUAGUGUCAGGGGAGUCUCACCACAGUCUACAAUCAA